GUUUGACAGUGAGUGUGUUAAGCAGUUCACUUUAGUAGGUUGCCAAUGAAGGUUUAGUUUAUUUUUGGACUUUCGAGGGCAAAAUUGUUAAUUCAAUUAUUAGAAGGCUGUCAAGAGUGUUUUCAAUGCGUUUUGGACAUUUUCAUCAGAAUUUAUAUAUUAUUGACAUAUCAAGCUUGGUUUAUGCUUCCCGCUGGUAUAAGCAACAUUUUGUUAGCAGAUAGCAAUUAUAAAUAUGGGGAAUAAUUUACAAAAACUAAAAAAUGCUGUUGUAGAAAGUACAACCGGUCAGGGACAAGGUGGUAAUUCUAGUGAAAACGACGAAACAAAUACUAAGAUUAAACCCGAAGAAAAAAUCCCUCGGGUUGAUGAAAAUAAGGAAGAAAUAGAUUCCAGUUCGACAAAAAAUAUAGACACUGCAAAACAGAGUGAAACACAACUCAUGGAUAAUACUGAUACUAAGAAAGGAGUUAACAAUGAAGAUGAAGUUCCACAAACUAGAUGCCAAGAGUUAAAGGAUCAAGUAAAAGAAAAACAUAAAUCUGCUACACCACCUAGUGAUGAAAGAGAAGAUGAUAUAUCGAUAACACCACCUCAUCCGCCAAUGAAAGCUCGUCCAAGACGAGGGGCCGUCAGUGCAGAAGUAUAUAAAGAAGAAGAUGCAGCCCAGUAUGUCAAAAAGGUUGUGCCUAAAGAUUAUAAGACAAUGGCAGCUCUAUCCAAGGCUAUAUCUAAGAAUGUUUUAUUUGCUCAUUUAGAUGAUAAUGAAAGGAGUGAUAUAUUUGAUGCCAUGUUCCCUGUCCAUAGACAUGCUGGAGAAGUUAUUAUACAGCAAGGUGAUGAAGGUGAUAAUUUUUAUGUGAUUGAUCAAGGAGAAGUAGAUAUAUAUGUAAAUGGUGAACAUGUAUCAACAAUAGGAGAAGGAGCAAGUUUUGGUGAAUUAGCUUUAAUUUAUGGUACACCUAGAGCAGCCACAGUAAAUGCCAAAAAUGAUGUUAAAUUAUGGGGUAUUGAUCGUGAUAGUUACAGAAGAAUUCUUAUGGGCAGCACAAUACGAAAACGAAAGAUGUAUGAAGAAUUCCUCACAAAAGUAUCUAUUUUGGAAAAUCUUGAUAAAUGGGAAAGGCUUACAGUAUCAGAUGCUUUAGAACCAGUCCAGUUUGAAGAAGGGCAAGUCAUAGUACAACAGGGUGAACCAGGAGAAGACUUUUUUAUUAUUUUAGAGGGAAGUGCUGCUGUGUUACAAAGAAGAUCAGAAAAUGAGGAACCGGUAGAAGUUGGAAGAUUAGGAACAUCAGACUAUUUUGGUGAAAUCGCCCUGUUAUUAGAUAGACCUAGAGCUGCUACAGUUGUUGCCAGAAGUCAAUUAAAAUGUGUUAAAUUAGAUCGAGCCCGCUUUGAACGAGUUUUAGGUCCAUGUGGAGAUAUUUUAAAGAGGAAUAUUUCUCAAUAUAAUAGCUAUGUAUCGUUGUCAGUGUGAAAGUGUUUCAGCUCAAACUUUGUUUUUUAACCAUCAGCUGCAAUAUUAACAAAUUGGGUGCCCAUUAGUUGAACUCUUAUCGUAAUGACUGCCUCAGUAUUCUCUUCGGGUUUACAAUUUAUUAUCUUGUAUAAAUGUAAAUGUCUGUCAUAUAAGAUUACAGGCCUUGUUUCAAAAUAAUCUACCCCACAAACAAAACCAGCUUACAAAACAAGAGAAGAACAGAUAGAGACAAAAAGUUGUUGUUGUUGUUAAAUCAUUGAAUUGAUGGGCAGUGUUGAUUAUUAUUAUUUGUUGAUGGAUAUAUUUACAAGUAGUUUAAUUAUAUAUGGUUGAUUUUAUAAAAUAAAUAAAUUAUUAAAACGACAGAGGGAGAGUAUUUUUUUUAAACUGGCAUACCCUUUUAGGUAGGCCUAUUAAAUUGCAAUGUCUUGAGAAUUGUGUUACAUGUAACGUAAUAUGUUAAAUCCACUGCUGCAAUAUUGUCAAUAUUCUCCAUUGUGAUUGUAACAGUUAAAUUGACAUCAGAAUAAUUACAACUUUACGACAUAAAACUUCACAGUGAUAUAGUAUGGAAUUAUAAUAGGAAUACAAUAUUUACUAGGCAUUAGAUCUGCUAUGUCUUUAUUUCCAGUCCAUACCAAGUAUGAAUCUCGAUUUUAUCACAUUCAAAGACUACUUUUCCGAACUUUCCUCCAUAUUGGAUUUGAUGUCCACAGUAGUGUAUUUGUGUAACUGUAUCUUCUAUUAGAUGUGUGCCAUAUUGUCCACAUCCUUAAUGUAUAAAAGGCCAUAAUCCGCAAUCAUAUUUUAUCUAAGAUGAAAAUUGACUAUCCAUAUCUUAUUCCUUUAUGAUAGAAUGUUGCACAAAAGAACUCAUUAUUCAUUGCAGUCAAUCUGAUUAAUACACAGAUCCUAUUUCGUUUCAUUUUUACAGUUCAAAAUUUCGUUUUACUUGUCUGUACUACACUAGGAUAUGGAAGAGUUGUUAUUUAACUUGUGUUCUGAAUGGUGUCAGGAAUAAGCCAAUGAAACGGUCUGUUACGGCGAGCUUUAGGCAUGUUUUUCACGGAACUGUGGGUAAUCCACUAGUAACAUCAAUGCUGUUUGGUUAAUCAAAUGUCUGACAUCAUAGGUCAAAAGCUGCUUGUAUGACCUCUGACACGACCUAUCGCUACAACGGGUCAGAUCUUCAUGUAGUGUAGGCCAUCGAAAGUAUAAAAAACGAAACGAAAUAUAGAUCUGUAUUUUAAUCAGAUUGACUCAUUAUUCAUUGCAGUCAAUUAAGGUUUCACAAGUCAUAUUUAAAAUAGCAUCGAAUAUAAUAACGAUCCAUUCAUAUAGAAUAAUUUGAACAGUGUAAUAUUUUAAUUUUACAUAAAGUGGACUAGGGUUGCAUGUAAAUUUCACAUAAAGUACAGAACAGUGUAGUGCAUGUAAUCCAAUUAGUUUUUUUUACAUAAAGUGGACUAGGGUUGCAUGUAAAUUUCACAUAAAGUAGAGAACAGUGUAGUGCAUGUAAUCCAAUUAGGUUUUUUACUUAUUUAAAGAUACAUUAGGUAAGAUAAGAUACAGAGCUGACAGUUCUAAAUAGUUAAAAAAAAUAGAUAAUGAAAACAGAAUGUGCAGGAAAUUUCAGUCAAAUUGCUUUACUCUGAACCAAGAUAUUAGCGAUUCACUUUUAGGCUAGUCUCGAACGUCAUUACGAUAAUAAACAAAGUCUUGGUUAUGCAUUUUUAACGUUAAAUCAUCCGUCAUAAAAGGUAUUCAAAUCCACUAAAUAUUGCAGGCUAACAUGGCAUCGAGGGUUGAUUUUGGUCUUAAUAAGCUAAUUAAUGUUUAAUUAAUAAUUAAUAUAACAUUUAAGGCCUAAAGAAAGACCUGCAAUAGGCAGAUUUUGAUAACAUUUAAGGCCUAAAGAAAGACCUGCAAAAAGCAGAUUUAGCUCUUGCAUAAUGCAUCUUUAAGUUUAGGCUACUUUAUUAAAUUUGAUCUUUUGUCGACAAACUGUAUCACUACUCAAAGAAAAUUGCCAAAGUUUAUAUUAUAUAAUACUAUGUUUUAUAUACGUGUAUGAUGAUGUUAUUAUUCUGACUUUGAUACCCUAAUAAUAACUUACACAUGAUUUGUAUGAUGACCAACAUAUGUCAGCACUGAAUAUAUUUUAGCACAUUAUUGUUUUCUUUUGUAAUAUAUGUGAAAUAUUUGAGUAAGGUUUACAUGCCUGCAGUCCAUUAAUGAUAAUGUACUGUAAAGCAAGAUAAUUACCGUGAUUAGUCCAGUUGUAUCAGUGUUGUAUUCUUUAAUUGUGAAAGUCAUUUUGUAUCAAAAUAAGGUGGCCAUUUUGACAUGCUCACAGGGGUUGUAACUCAAGUUGAAAAUUCAUUCUGAUAUUUGAACGUGAAAUGUAAUGCUAGGGACAUUCUCCUCAUUGAUUGGGGCGUGGGGGGACGGAUGGCUAAAUGGUUAGCAUGUGCGCGCUGUAGCAUAAGGUCUGUCAUUGAGUCAACUGGCAGGGUUUCGAUUCCCCAGUUGUACGUGACAAGGAGUAGGGGGUCACCUGUCUAACCUCAUGGGUUUUCUUCGGGUCCUCCGGUUUCCUUCCACUGCUAAAGACUUUACGCACAAGUGAAUUAUUGAAAUAAAAUUGAACCAUGUGUUAGUCCCAAAAUGACCUAGUUUGUGUCAGUGGAUUUCUCUCUCUCUUCAUAGAUGUACAAUUUUCUUGCUCUACAGUAUAUUUAAAUAAAUAUUUUCAUAUCUUCAACUUCAGUCAUUGAAUCUUCAACAGUUCUGUCAAACGUUGAGAAACUGUAUAAACUAUAACAUACAUGUAUAAUAUGAUACAAUAUUGAACCCAACAGUAUAUUGAAGCCUGUAAAAAUACCAAUUUAAUAGCUCUCUGGAUUUCAAUUAUUUUUUAGUUAAAUGUUGACAAUUUGAUACGUCCAUAAAUGAUACAAUGUGGCAAUAGUUUACAUAUUAAGAAACAUGACAUUGUUCAUGUUAAAAUAUUGAUUUUUUAUACGCCCACAUUGAAAUGUGGUCGUAUAUUGUCGUCGCCUCCGUCCGUCCGUCCGUCCGUCGUCCACAAUUGCUUGUGGACGCUCUAGAGGCUAAAUUUAAUAUCUGAUUGACUUUAAAUUUAUACACAGCGUUUAAGGUCUUGAGACGAGAAGCCUAUUGAUUUUCAGCGAUUUCCGAUAAUUACUGCCAGAGUUAUGGCCCUUGAUCACUUUGAAAAAUCUUGUGGACGCUCUAGAGGCCAAAGUUAAUAUCCAAUUGACCUUAAAUUUAUACACAGUGUUUGAGGUCAUGAGACGAAGAAGCCUAUUGAUUUUCAACGAUUUCCGAUAAUUACUGCCAGAGUUAUGGCUCUUGAUCACUUCAAAAAAUCUUGUGGAAGCUCUAAAGGCCAAAGUUAAUAUCCGAUUGACUUUAAAUUUAUACACAGUGUUUAAGGUCAUGAGACGAAGAAGCCUAUUGAUUUUCAGCGAUUUUCGAUAAUUACUGCCAGAGUUAUGGCCCUUGAUCACUUCAAAAAAUCUUGUGGAUGCUCUAAUGGCCAAAGUUAAUAUCCGAUUGACGUUAAAUUUAUACACAAUGUUUAAGGUCAUGAGACGAAGAAACUUAUUGAUUUUCAACGAUUUCCGAUAAUUACUGCCAAAGUUAUGGCCCUUGAUCACUUCAAAAAAUCUUGUGGAUGUUCUAGAGGCUAAAGUUAACAUCCGAUUGACAUUAAAUUUAUACAGUGUUUAAGGUCAUAAGAUGAUGAAGCCUAUUGGUUUUCAGCGAUUUCUGAUAAUUACUGCCAGAGUUAUGGCCCUUGAUCACUCUGAAAAAUCUUGUGGAUGCUCUAGAAGCGAAAGUUAAUAUUCGAUUGACUUUAAAUUUAUACACAGUGUUUAAGGUCAUGAGACGAAGAAGCCUAUUGAUUUUCAGCGAUUUCCAAUAUUUGCUGCCAGAGUUAUGGCCCUUGAUCACUUUGAAAAAUCUUGUGGAUGCUCUGGAGGCCAAAGUUAAUAUCCGAUUGACUUUCAAUUUAUACACAGUGUUUAAGGUCAUGAGACGAAGAAGCCUAUUGAUUUUUCAGCGAUUUCCAAUAAUUACUGCCAGAGUUAUGGCCCUUGAUCACUUCAAAAAAUCUUGUGGAUGCUCUUGAGGCUCAAGUUAAUACCCGAUUGAGUUUAAAUUUAUACACAGUGUUUGAGGUCAUGAGACGAAGAUUCCUAUUGAUUUUCAACGAUUUCCGAUAAUUACUGCCAAAGUUAUGGCCCUUAAGUUAUCAUCCGAUUGACUUCAGAUUGAUACACAGAGUUUAAGAUCUUGAGACGAACAAGUAUAUUGAUUUUCAAUGAAUUUUUAUGACUUGAACAGUUAAAUCUAUGAUAUUAAAAGCUUUGCAUACAAAACGUUAGCAUGGGGCAGAACUUUAUAAAAACCAAACAAAUUCUAAUAGUUUUCUGAUAAUUACUUCGUGAGUUGUUGCUCUUAAUCAGAUUUCAGUGUAUUAUAAAUGUUUCAUUACCGAAAAAAGUAAAAAUAUGCGACAACCCUUGUUGACUGCCCGUACGAUUUAGUUGCUGUGGGCGUAUAUUUCGUUGCCUGGCAACCUAUCUUUUUUUUUAAUAAUGUAUUAAAUGUAUGUAAAGGUCGCAAAUUUAUAGAUACAUUAUGUAAGAUUUAGAUUAAGAGCUGGCCAUUCUUACUAUAAUAGUUCGAAAAUAGAUAAUGCAAAAUUAAUUUAUUGAAAAUUUCAUUCAAAUUGCUCCAUUGCGAGCGAAGAUAUUAGCUUUCGAAGGUUUGAAUAGAGGUGUGCAUUAAUUGCAACCCAUCACACUGGUUGUUCGAAGCUUAGCCUCGCUUCACCAUUUUUAGAUUAAAUCAAAUGGCUGACCCGUUCUAAUCUACCUAAUAUCGGAGAUAUUCGAUGACAUCGAGAGUUGAUUAUAGUCUGAUCAUGUUAAUUAAAGUAGAAUUAAUAGUUUACAUAACAUUUCAGACAAUAAGAAAGACCCGCAAUUGGCAGAUUUAGCUCUUGCAUAAUGUAUGUUUAAAAGCAUGUAGGUAAACCUAGUAGUAAUAUAUUUAUUAUUUUUCUGAAAAUAUUAUAAGGGUACUUGUCUUUUUUUAAAAAAAACUUUGUCAGUAAAUUAUAAAGUGUUUGUAUCGGUGAUAUUGUAUGGACUAUUGUCGUACUAUAACUUGUCAUUCAAAUCUCAUGAAGAUUACUAUUUUGUGUAGUAUGGACGCUAUCUUUGUACAAAUACAUGAAUAUUCAUGUGGUUGUAUAUUGUUAGUUUUAUUAUGGCCUCAAUAACGAAACAAAUCUAUAUAUUUUAUAGAAUGCACCUGCUUUGUAUUUUCAAGGUAGUUUGACAUAUAACACUGGAGUAAAAAUUGACACUAUUUGAGUGAUCUAGCUCAGAAAUAUGUCAAUAUCUUGACAUUGUGAUGUACAGAUCUCUAGGAGUCUAAACUAAGUCACAACAUUGCUUUCUAAGGCAAGACUUACUUGCGAGGUGUGGUUUGUCAAAACUGAAUAACCCUCGGCUGUAAGUAAAAUGUAGAGGUCUUUAGAAGUCUUAACUAAGUCACAACAUAUUUUUUUAGGCAUGAUUUAAUUGUGUGAUGUUUUUUGUCAAAACUUAAUAACCCUCUGCUCUAAGUAAAAUGUAGAGGUCUCUAGGAGUCUAAACUAAGUCACAACAUGCUUUUUAAGGCAUGAUUUACGUGUGAUGUUGUUUGUCAAAACUGAAUAACCCUCUGCUUCAGUUAAUAAAAUGUCAGCAAUAAAUUAUUGACUUAGUGUAUGUGUAUACAUUUCCAACAUGCAUAAUGCUUUACUCAUUUCAGAUGAUAGUUUGACAAUAAGUACUAUAUAUAUAUACCAGAUCAGGUUUAAAUGUACAAGUUGGUUUUUAUAGUACCCUAGGGUACAAAUUUCUACAAAUAAUGAUGUUAUGUACAGUGAAAAUAUAGUUAUUAGAUCCACCAUAUUCUGGAUAAAUGUGAAGGAAUAAAUAAAUCACAUGAAUUGAUAGAAACUUCAACAUAUAGUAUAAUGUAUCUUAUACAUGUGAGAGUUGUAUGAAAUGGGUAAAUGAUUGCUAUAAAGGAUAGAACAAUACUAACAAUUUGUUAUUUAGUAUUAGUACAACAGAUUUAUCAUUGUUUUUAGGGGAUUGAAGACUGUUUGUUUUACUUAUAUCUGUAACAUGUUACAGUAAUCAACGUGUUCAUGUAUAUAAUAUAUCAUUAAUACAAACAAAUUGGUUAUAUUAAUUAUUGUGAUGUAAGUAGUUACCAUAUUACUUUCAGAAUAAAGUUUUUCUUCAAAAAUAAAA